AUGGCCUUCUUCCACCACAACCCCGUGUUCGACUUUUUCCACCGCGUUAUGCGCAAGCCAAGCUCCAUUGUGAUGUGGCUCUUUAGCGGACUCAUCGUUGCCAGCACGCUUGCUACCAUUUGGUCGUUACCCGCAGUACCAGACUCAUCCAAAUCCACUUCCAGAGAAUCCAGCUCCGAUUCCAAAUCCAAAUCCAAGGACGCGCUGCCCCAUAGCAAGAAAACGUGA